AUUGAUUUUGAGUUGAUUUUUGAUUUAUCGCUGCAGUGAGAAAUAAAUAAUUGUAGUGAAAUUCGUUUAUAAUACUAAAAAUGUUGCUUAAGAGGAAUCUGCUUGAAACAGUGACCAUAAUAUCAUGCUCGGGCACCAUCAUAUGCAUAUUCUUGAAUUACUUGACCAAUAUAUCGCCUAUAACAGGAAUAUGGUUCAUAAGUUAUAUUUUAUUACUGUUUAUUAGUUCAGUCGUCUGCAGUUUCAAGUUUAUGCAAUGGUUACUGCAUUUAAACAAGCCUAUAAAGUAUGAUAUAGAGAAAAUUUUAAAGAAGUAUCCUUUCUUGGCUGGAGUUUUACCCCAAGUUAGCAAAAACGUCGAAAAGGAGCAAAGUAAAGAGUAUGAUACGAAUGAGUUAAGUAUUAUUACUACUGUGCUAGAAAAAAAGCUGGUGUCGUCAUGGUACGUCACUUACAUAUCCGAGGAAAUUGGUUUUCCGUUUGCCUGCAAGCAAAUGUUGGAUCAAAUGAUUGCAAAAGCAUUCCAAAUAUGUGAUAAAAUUGAAACUAAAGAUGUUUAUGUUGACAUCUGUGCUAUACUGAUUAGCCACCUAAAAGAAUAUAAGAAAGCAUUGAAGAGGCAAGAAACAACCCCCCAUUCCACUGUGGAGUCUCUGUAUAAAAUGAUCCAUCCUAUAUCAGAUAAUAACAAUAAGAAGGAUCAAUCUGCUGAUCAUUGUAUUUACUUACUUCGUAUAGUUUUAAAGGAGCUGGUUCCUUGGGAACUCUGGGACACACCAUACUCUGAAUUACUAGUCCGUAUAUUAGCUAAAAAACUUAAUAUAUUCAUUGAAAAUACCAUAUCGAACCCUGUAUGGUUAAAUGACAGAUUAUUGAUGAUUUUAAAUGUACAAGAAAAAGUUGUUGAUGAAAAUAAAAAAGAAAGUAAUGAUGUCAAAGAUAACAAAAUGCAACAAAGAACUGGCAAACCUACCGAAGAUGUCAUUGAUAAAAGGAAGCAAGAAAUUGGUAAAACUGCAUCUGAGCAAGAAAGAGAAGGCAUUAUUUCACAAAAUGUGGAAAGAAAAGAGAUACAAGAUAUAGAACUAACAAUGAAAACAGUUAAAUCAUCAAAUGUCUUAAAUAAAACUUCAGAAAGUCCAAUACACAUACAGAAAAUUGUUGAAGAACAAGAAAUUAAAAACCAAGACGUAGAAGAAUCCAAGGACGUACAAGGAAGUGAACCAGUUGAAAUAAAACCCAUUAUGAGAAAAAACAGGGGACGACAGGGCAGGAAUGAAGUGAAGAUAUAUGAUAGAAUUAUUGAAGGCAGUGUCAAAACCUGGGAAACAGAUAUGGACCUCCAAUGUAUCAGUGUGGGUCAAGACUUACUGGCAAGUCUGGACGAGAUGACCCUGAGCAGAUUGUGGGGGCACGAGGACGCAGAACAUAGCCCCAGUCUACGGGGAAUCUCCCCACAGCCCCUGUGGUUUGGUGAAGAAGACGCUAUCGAGUUAGACAGCGACCUCCCAAAAGAGACUAGAAAGGAACAAGGGUACCGGGAUCAAAGCAAGGAUCAUAGUCCCCCAAGCAAGCCGGGGGACGCGCUGCUUAAGGACCUCCAGUCCACAGUACAUCAAGCCAAAGCCAAGAUCGGAGACCUGCAGGUGUUACACAUAGAUGUGCCCCCGCCGACCAGUGAUGAAGCAGCCGGCAUGAUGGAAGGCCUGCUGGACAAAGGCAUCGCGGGACUGAAGAAGGGCCUGCGGUUCACUGGUCUCAGUGAUGAUUCGCAAGAAAAGUUAGCGGCCUUCAAAGACAGAGGGGGAGAGAAGGUAUCGCCGUCUGAACUGUACCGAAGCAAGCCGAGAGCGGAGGUCGACAUGGAGGCCAAGGAGGCGUACGUUUCUGUCAACUUACCGAAAGAGGAAAAUGGUAUCCCGAUCCAUCAUUUGGUCAAACAACAAAGAGUCAUUUCGCAGGAUAGUAUGCAGAUCAAGCCCCGCGUGGAGUGGUCGCCGCCCACGGAGGCUCUGUCGGAGUCCCCGGAGCCCCAGUACGAAGAGGCGGCCGACCUCUCAGCCAGUAUUGCUAAGCUGCGCUCCUUACUUCAACACGUGGAGAGACCACGUGCGGAGGAGGUGUGGUGGGAGGGCGCGGAGGAGACGCGCGGGCGCGCGCAGAGGCGGCCCUCUUCCAAGCCCGUGGACAGCGCUGCGCUCGCUGACGAAUACGACAUGAGUUUGGACAGAAACACCUCGCCCGGGCAAACUUCCAACAAUAUGCAGAGGCUUGACAAGCUGUUCACUCGUACGGUGACCGGAGUGUUCAACUCGAUACGGACGGCAGUGGGCGCGGAGGGGCUGGUGGGGGAGGGCGACGACGCCACGCCCAGCCAGAUACACGAUUGGACGUACGUCUGCACUUCCCCUGAACUGAGCUUGGGGGCUGCAGUGGGUCGGCUGGUGGGCGCGCGGCGCGCGCUGUGGCACGUGGACACGGCGCUGGACUCCCUGCGCGAGCUGCCCGCGCCGCCGCCGCAGACGCUCAUGCCGCUAGACCUGGAGGAGUGGUGCGUGGGAUCGGGCGCGCGCUGGUGCGGAAGCUGUGAGGUGGCGUGCGCGGCCGGCCUCGCCGCCUCACAUCUCUCCUUCCGAUUGGCCACCAUACUCACUGCAGAUAUAGCGGAGUCCCUGAUCUGCUCGUGGCUAGACGAGCUGACGGCGUGGCUCAGGAAGCAGGUGUUUGUGUACUUCGAGCAGCUGUCCAAGCCCGGCGCCGAUACCGACAGGAAACUGAGGGAGUUCAAUAUUGAGGAGACUUGCCGAGUUGUUCUGGAUAAAAUGCCAGAAACCUACUUAUUCAGUGAACAUACUCUAUCAGAAGCCAUAAAGCUGGUCAUAUCGAGCUUCAGCCACGAACAAGUCAAUAGAGAUGUCAUCUUCCGUGCGCUGGACAUCUUCGUGGUUCACUUCAAGAAGUCCGCCGGCCUGCGGAACCCUUCCUUUGAUAGCAACUAAUUUUUAGGGUUCAUUAAGAGAAGCAGGUUAUUUUAAAUCCAGACCUUAUGCAAAUUCUUACACACGCGGUGUAUGUGAGAUAGCGUUAUUGAAAUAGUAUUAAGUUAUGUACAAUGUACAUAUUAAGAACGCCACUUCGCCAACAAACUGGCCCACCAGUUUGGCGAGUUAGUAAUGUUAAGAACCUUGUAGAAUUAAUAUGAAUAAAAAAAAAAAAACUUCCAGUGCUGUAAGUCUCUGAAAGAGUAUUUCGAUCUCAAACAGCUUUAAUUAUUAUUAUUUUUAAUUUUCUAUCUUAGAUAAGUAUACCAAAGAUAAUGCAUAGAUAAAUUUAAUGUCACAUAUUAUGUAACCUUAAUUAUAUCCUGACCAGAAAUAUAAAAUACUUGCUACACAUGGUCUAUGGCCACUAAAACAUGGUCUAUGGUAACUAAGUUCAUUCUUGUAUAAAUUAGUUUCAUGGCUUUUCCGCUAUAUGGCGAGAUAUUUUAUUUUUCUGGUUAUGUUUUAAGUAAGGGGAAAUUACAAUAUGUUUAAGAAUAAAACACUGUUAUACCAUAAACCAUUUGUUUUAUUUAUCAUUAACAGUAUAGAACAUACGUUAAAUACAUUUAUAUCACAGAGUUCGUAUGUUACAAAAAUAUAAAUUAU